AUGUGCUCACGCGCUUCCCGCCAGCUGCGUGGUUGCCGAACGAAGAAGAAGGGCGCGCUCUACGGGGAGACUGGCGCGAUCGGCUCGAACUGCUCCAACAUGCUGCGCCACACUGCCGGCGAGUCGCACCUCCGCGCGUGGCUCGCCGACCUGCCGGUGGAAGCGGAGAAGCCGACGCUGGCCGAGCUGCAAACGUGCGUCGUGUCGAUCGCGCACAAGUGGCUCGGCAGCGCCCGCUCACAGCGCACCACGCAGACCAAGGUGCGGGGGCAGCACAAGGCGCAGAAGAUUGCGACCAACGCGGCGGCAUAUGACUGUAGGGCACCAGAAGGCUAG